AUGGACCGUUGGAUCGGUAAUACGGCGGUAGUAACGGGAGCGAGUUCAGGGAUCGGCGCCGCCACAUGCGUGGCUCUGGCUGAUGCAGGCAUUCGUGUUGUCGGGCUUGCCAGACGUGCAGAACGAAUCCACGCAUUAAACUCAAAAGUGCGUGGUACAGGAACAAUAAUAUCAAGGAAGUGCGAUGUAUCUAACUCGUCAGAAGUGUCGGACACUUUCAAGUGGAUCGAGGAUACCGUCGGCGCUGUUCACAUCAUGAUCAACAAUGCUGGCGUUAAUCGUUGCGGCAGCAUCACCGAUGCUAAUAACGAUAUGCUAAGCGAGGAGGCCAUUCUGUCUAUGCUAGACAUCAACCUGAAGGGCACUAUAUUGGGCUCGCGUCACGCUGCCCACUCUAUGAAGAGCCACGGCAUCAACGGACACAUCAUCAAUAUUAACAGUAUUGCCGGUCACUAUAUUCCGCUCUAUGAAAAGUUUAACGUGUACCCAUGUACUAAGCACGCAGUGACAGCAUUCACCGCCAGCCUUCUCAACGAGUUAGCGACCCACAAGUGCAAAAUUAAAGUUACCAGCCUGUCUCCGGGACUGGUGAUCACAGAGUUGGAAGGCUUAACUGAUUUGAAGGGUGACUUCCCAGCACUUGAACCGGAAGAUAUUGCCGACGCAGUUCUUUAUGUGUUAUCAACGCCGCCUCAUGUUAACAUCGAUGAGCUGACCAUCACUUCAGUGACAGAAAGAAGGGCAUAG